AUGGGAUUUAAAGAAACAAAAAUUAUUAAGAAUUUUGAUUAUCCAACGGCAUGUCUCGAUAUGAAUUUAUCGGAAAGCGGUAACUUUUUGGUUUCUAUUGGUACUUACAAGCCAUCAGUAAAAAUACACGAUUUAACUAACAUUGCACAAAAAAGUAAUCGACAUUUAGAAGCUGAACCAAUGAAAGUACUAUCUCUUACUAAAAAUUGCGAGAAACUCGCGCUUUUACGAGUAGACAGAUAUGUAGAAUUCCAUGUUAAAUAUGGAAUGCAUGAAAGAAUAAGAAUGCCAAAAUUAUGUUACGACCUAAAAUUUAAUAAAUUUAGUGGUGACAUUAUUGCAUGCGGAAAUUCAAAUAACAUUUUUAGAUUUAAUCUAAUAGACGGCAAAUUUUGUACUCCAUAUGACACCUCACUCAAAUGUAUUAUGGAAAUAGAUAUUAAUAGUGUACACAGUCUUGUAGGAUACUGUGGUAAAAAUAAUGUAGAGUUUUUAGAUCAAAGAUCUUCUAAAAUUGUUAGUACAACAGAACAUAACGAAAAUUUUUUACACAUGGCUUUUUCUAACAAUGGAUUAAAUUUUGUAGUUGGAACAGAAAAUGGCGAAAUAUUAGUAUUUGAUUUACGAUCUAGAAAUCCACUUUACAAAUACAAUCAUAAAGAAAGUGUAAGAAAAGUGAAAAUGAUUGAGAAAAAUAUUAUAAGUAUUGAUAAACAUACUGUAAUGAUAUACAAAGAUGGAGAGAUUGUUGAUAAGAUACCUGUAAACGUUCCAAUAAAUACAUUUGAAGUUAAUGGUGGAAUAAUUUUUUUAGGAUUAGAUGACAUAAAUAUGAGAACUUACUACUCAACAGACUUUGGUGAUAUUCCAGAUUGGUGUAAUAUUAUAAAAGUGGAUGAAAAUUUAUAA